AAUAAUCAUACAAUAAGCUUUUCAAAUAGCUGCUUUUUUCAUUCAAAUACCCCAUACCAAAUGCCUGUCAAUACAAGAUCGAUCAACCGCGAAGAGACUCCAGAGAAUCAAACUACUGCACCUGGAUCCUUUCCAACCCCAAUAACCGCGAGAAAACCACCACACAAUAACAAUAAUCAAGAUAACGACAAUAUGGCUGAUGAAGCUGCUGCCUUGAGGCGACAUAUUGCCCAGAUGGAUGAAGAACUACGCCAGAUGAGAGCUUCUAGCAAUCCUACUGCUACAGCUACUGUCAAUGAUGACAAUGAUCUAAGCUCUGAUCUUGCUGCUUACCUUCAGAAUCAAGGGGAUACCCCUGCACUGAGCAGAGUCCUCCAAGAAUUCCGUGAACGCGUCAAAUACCUUCAAAAACCAGAUUUCCUAAGUUCUGCUGCUCUAUGGAACGCCAUAGCAGCAUCCUUUUCAGAACAGGUGGAAAUCCGCAGAGCCCGCCUGUCCAAGGAAUUCAAUGAUAUCAGUGCAACUGCCACCUAUGAUGGCUCCAACUGCUUGUUCAUAGAACGCCUGCUUGCAAUCCGCGUUGAGUAUAUCUGCCUUGGAUAUGCUAAUAUCCCCAACUUCAUAUUCUUCGACAAGCUCCUCAACGGCCUCACCAAGAAGUGGUCAACCUUUAUCAGAGAUCGCAUGGACUAUGCAGCAAAGGAUGAUAAUGUCACAUCACUAGAAGAUGAUUUCCUUGAUCUCUGCAGGGAUAUACUACUCCGCCUGCCGUUGGAUGAUAAAAAUGCCAGAAAUGACACAAAGAAUAACAAAGAUGCCACCAAGGAUGUGAAGGAUAAUAAGAACACCAAGAAGAAAUGCACUGCCUGCAAGAUGGAAGGCCAUGAUGAACCAAGCUGCUGGUUUGAACACCCAGAGAAACGACCUGCAGAUUGGAAGAAUAGAAAGAAGGUCAAUGAUGAUGAUGCCACUACACCUGUAUGCUACAAUACUGAGCAAGUCUUCUAA